UUGUUUAACCAUCAGAUGCCCCCUCAAGUGACGGCGGUGACGGAGCCCGUGUGGCUGGGCGAGGGUCCUCACUGGUCCCACGACCACCAGGCGCUGUUCUUCGUCAGCAUCUUCGACAAGACCAUCCAUAAAUACAACCCAUCCAACGGAAAACACACUAGAGCCAAGCUAGGUGACAUGCCCGGUUUUAUAAUACCGGUGGAAGGGAAGAUGGACCGCUUCGUGGUCGGUCUGAAGAGGAGGGUGGUGGAGGUGCAGUGGGACGGGGAGGGAGACGCCACCGAGGUUAGGGAGCUGGCCGAGCUGGACAAACACAGCCCCGAUAAUAGGAUCAACGACGCUAAGGCGGACCCCAGGGGGAGACUGUUUGUUGGUACCAUGGGUCACGAGUACGAGCCGGGUAAGUUCCACCUGAAGCAGGGCUCGCUGUACCGUCUGGAGCGGGACGGCAGCGUGUCCCGAGUGGCCCAGGACAUCGACAUCUCCAACGGGCUGUGCUGGGACGUUCAGAGGAGCGCCUUCUACUACGCUGACUCCUUCGAGUACGCCAUCAGGAGAUACGACUACGACGUCAACACGGGCAACAUCUCGAACCCCAAGAUCAUAUUCAAGUAUUCGGAUCACGGCCUGGACGGCAUCGUGGACGGCAUGUCCAUAGACACGGACGGCAACCUGUGGGUCGCCAACUUCGACGGGUCACAGGUGUUAAAGAUCGACCCGGUGAAGGGCGCCCUGCUUCAGCGAGUCCCCAUCCCGGCGCUUCAGACUACGUCCGUGACAUGGGGCGGACCCUCCUUGGACGUGCUGUACGUGACCUCCGCCUCCAUGAACAGGGGACAGGAGCAGAAGCCCCCCUGCGGCUCCACGUUCAAGGUGACCGGCCUCGGGGCCCGCGGACACCCCAACAACAAUGUUAAACUAUAA